GACUUUUAUAAGAAUUUGGACUAAUGCCAUCACUUGGUCGGAAACAGUUCAAACCAUCACCAUGUCCAACUGAUCUGAAACCUGAUGAUAAAGUGUUUCAUCUUCCACUUACCAAUGAAAUUUUCACAUCAUAUGACGACUUCUUUCAACGACAAAUCGCUCUUAGUUCUAUGGUUUGGACAUGUUCCGUAACUGGAAAAACGGGUUUGACAUUUGAGGAAGCUCUUGAUUCCGAAAGGAAUGCGCAGGAAACACUGAAAACUUAUCCGUCCUCUUUUGCAAGGCCUAUUCUUUAUCUUGUAUACAAAUUAUCAUGUCGUGGACGAAUCGAGGAUUUGGUGAACGAUAUUUACUUUUUUGUGAAAGACCACUUUUUGCUGGGCGAAGAAGUUACAUACGGCGGUGGACGUGGUCGAAAAGAUGUUAUAAUAAGAAAAGUGACGUAUAUUGAUGUGGAAAAUGAUGUCGUCACAAAUCAGCAUAAUGAUGUGAAGAAACCAGCUAUUUUUGUGAAAAGAGGAGAGCUGCUGAUACCACCAGCAGAGCGCUACAUGUACGAUGUUCUAAUACUAGACAAGCAUAACGGGAAUGCUAACAAUAAAGUACGCGAACGAGUCGGUCAUCAAGAUCUGCUACGAAGCAAAUCUCUAUGGGCUCGGAAUAUGAUACGCGUAUUCCUGAAAAAUUCUUGUACAACAGAUCACGAACGUCUGACCGUAAAAAAAGAAUUGCUAGAAAAUUUUCAACUGGAAAGUAUGUCUUGGAAUGAAGUAUUUGCUGGACCGAUUGCACAGUUUCCGCGGACACCUUUAAUGCAUCGUGGACCAAAUAAAGGAGUUUCCCGUCCACCUCGCAACCACCUAGAUGGCCAUCCUAUUGAUGAUCUAGAUAUGCAGUCAACAUCGGAUGCCGACUUUGCUGACAUUAUGGAAAAAGAUAAGAUACAUGCACGAUCGAAGAAGGCAUCUCUAGAGAAGGAUAAAAAGGAAAACGACAAGAAAGAAGAGGGUGGCAGGAGGACGAAGAAGAAAAAAGCGAUUGCCGAGCAGCAGGAAGAAUUGGAAAGUCUUUUUGAACAAGCACGAAAAGUAAAUAUCGAAAAUCUCUCCCACUGGGAACAGGAUGAACGUCUGUUAUCUGAAACUGAAAUUGUUGAAUUGAAGCAGUUAAUCCGGCAGACUAAACAAAAGGAACGUCAGGAAAAACGUUUGAAUAAACAACGGGCAAAGGAAAUGUUACUGGAAUGGAAAAAACCGAGAGAUGAUAUCCUUUGUGACGACCUCCGACCCUUACCUCAAUUGACACCUCUUCUACUUCCUCUAUGGAUGUCCGACGACGAUUUUGGCGAUUAUUUAUACAUUUUUGAAUUCUUCCAAAGUUUUGCGGAAUUGUUACCAAUUAAAGAAGUCCGUGGCAUUAAUCAGGUCAAGUUUGGUGAAAUUAUAUCAGCUGUAAGAAGUCGAACCCCAGAGCAAGAUAGCUUAUUUGUUCAACUGAUGCACAUUUUGUUGAAAGCCAAAGCUGAACGAGCUGAUGAAGAAGAUGGUGAUGAAGUUAACCUGAGUAACAAAGAAGAAAUACCAGUAGAUGCAAAUGAUAUCGACCACAAAAUAUAUGGUCCAGAAAUUCGUCAAGCGACAGUCUUUCAUGAGAAUAUUCGACUUACACAUGGAUUAAGUGCACGGCAUCUGCCGAUCGACUGGAUGACUCUGACGGAAGUAAUGCGAUUAUCACUGAUGACAUCAGGGUAUUAUACAGGAGCUCCUACCCAUCGAUUUCGGUUAUUUUCAAGAGGGGCUAUUCGUUGCUAUGAAGAUGAAGGGUUUUUGUUUGCCAAAGAUAAUCCUCAAAUUAUGAGUGUUUUAGAAAAGAAAUCGGUAUUUGAUCUCCAACCUUAUGAACGCAUAGCGUUAUUCAAAGUGGUGAUACAGCAGUUACUUAGUUAUCAUAAAUUUCGUUCCACAUCUGAUGAACGUAUUAUUUCCCUUCUUGAUGUACGCAAAGAGUUGAAAAACCUUCGAAAUUUCGAUGCUACGCAGGAAAAGGAAGCUCGAGAGGCUUCUUUGGUUCGAGAAUAUGAAGCAGAGCAAUUAGAGGAACUUGGAGAAGCGGCUAGGGCGGAUUUUGCCAAAAAAGAAGAACCUUCUAAGGAAACGACUAUGUUAAUUAAUUUUGUGAAAGGUGGAAGCUUCAUUGGGAGACGAGAGGAGCGACUGAGGGAAGUCGAGCAGAUACUUAUGAAAGGAGUUUCAUACGCCGAAAUGGAAGCUGACGAAAUAAAAAAAAUUCGUUCAUUGCAAGUGGAACACAUAACUGCUGCAGAGAAUGAUUUGCUGAAACUGAUUUACAAAAUACAAAGUCGCGUUGGUUGGCAUUGUCUUGGCCGUGAUCGAGGAUUUCGUACAUAUUGGUUCUUCAAUUCACUGCCAUUGAUUCUGGUAGAAAAUACUAAUUCGACGGAUGAACGAGGUCCUUGCCUUGGACCAACACCGCUAGAUAAGGUUGAUGAUAAAUAUCGUCAGUCGUGCGGAAGUGAUGAUGAGGUGCGGAAAGAUCUUUUGAGCUGUACAGCUACUGAAGACUGCCCAGUGCAUGGGAAGUUCCACCGUUCCCGAUGGCAAUUAAUCAAAAGCAUGGAUGUCCUUAAUGAAAUUGAAUCCGCGUGUAACAGUCGUGGCUUUCGGGAAUCUGAACUUUUAGAAAAUUUGAAGUUCUUCAGCCCUUUAUUGAAAAGCAUACUUGGUCGAUGCUCAGAAAAGAUCAGUUCCGGUGAAAUUUAUACAGACCUUUUGUUGACGGAUAUUGACUUGGUAGAUAACUCCGUGACAUUCGAUUGGAAUCGUGAAUUUAUCGAUAUGCUUUUGGAUUUAGAAGAAAAGGUUGAGCAAGGGUGCAUUGGUCAUUUAGCUAUCAGUGAUAUUCGUCGCAGGGAAGAGUGGCGUGAGUCACUACUUCAGAAGCGCAAUGUUACUUCUUUUGUUGAAAGGGAUGUGGAAGUUUUCGGAGAAACAGUGUUCACGAUUGAUGAAGUGAAGUCACUGAAUGAAUUGGAACAUCUAGCUGUUGCAUUUUUGCAAAUUGUUCAGGGAAUUAACCUGAAAUUUUUACGGCUCCCUUUUGCUACUGCCUCUUCGAAAGAAAAAGAUUGCGCGAAUAUUCCCACGACUACUUUUGAUCAGUGGCAAAAAUCAUUAUUAAAAUGCUGCUCUGUAUCGGCUUUAUCACUGUACUACACAACUUUAGAGUCUUCCAUCUUAUGGACGAGAAGUCGGCUUCAAGCAAGAUGUCGGAAGUGCCGUAAGAGAGGCGAAACUGAAAAACUAUGCAUGUGUGCACGUUGUGAUCGAUGUUAUCACAUUGAUUGCGCUAAGCCAAAAAUCAAGGAUCCUAAUGGUUGGAUGUGCUCUGAUUGCAAAGCUCUGGUAAAAGCGCAGGAAGCCGAAGAGAAAUGGAAAAGGCAGCAAACCAUGAAAAAGGAAGAAGAAGAGGAACAAAGUUUUAGCCGAGGAAGCGAUGAUUCCUGUGGUACGUCUGCAGAUGAAUUUGCCGAACAACCACUCGUUGAAGAAGAAUUCGAACUUCCAUCAGAUAUGCUGAAAACGUCAAGCGGGCGUAUUGUGAAGAAGGUAACUUAUGCCGAUGAAUCGUUCGAAGAGAUAAGGAGAAGCGUGCGGAAGAAGAAUAUUGUUGAUGGUGAAAGUGAUGAGGGUGGUAGCACUAGUGAGAGUGAAUAUUCAUAUGCAAAACAAAAACGGCCCAGUAGAAGUGGUGAACGGGCACUAGGAAAUCUAACAAUUAGCUUGCGUGAAACAGAUAAUCGAGUGCGAAACACAUUACGUGCUUUCGAGUUAUUGAUAAGUGAAGCAAUGCGACAGCAAAUUGCUUGGCCUUUUCUAAAACCAGUGGAUGCCAAGACUGUACCCGAUUACUACCAGAUUAUCAAAAGGCCGAUGGAUUUGCGUACAAUAAUGAACAAACUAAAGCAACGACUAUACGAUACGCCCGAUCAAGUAAUAGCGGAUGCACGGUUGAUUUUCGAAAACUGUCGUAUUUACAACGAAGAAGAGUCCGAAAUUUGUAAGUGUGCUACCAAAUUGGAAGAGUUUAUGGAAGAACGAUUUAGCAAAGUACUGCAGGCAAAUGCAGUCCGAACGCGAAGUGGAUGUUAACGAAUGAGAGAAGUCUCAAAAAGCUUCACUCUGUUUCUGUUAAUUCCUUUGGUGCCGGGAACCGUGUUUAGGUUGCACUGGAAGUUCAUCAGUUACCAUGCUGCAGUCUCGAGUCUUCUAUGAUUAAUUUUGGUCAUACAAUAUUUCCAAGAUUCCUUUACUGAUUACAUUAAGUUUGUUAACAUUCAGUACUGAAUAGAAUUAUAGCCUUAUCGUGAAAAUGUCGUUAAAAAAGUUGGAAUUAUCGUAAAAAAUACAAGCUACAAAAAGAAAAAAAAUACAAAGAUACAAACAUAUAGCGAUGCUAUAAAAAUGUCGAUGUCUAUGAUGGGACCAUCGAUUGAUUUUGAGGUCUCGAAGAUGAAACUGUAAUUUUGUUGACUAUCCUGACACAGUUUCAGUCAUAUUUUAGCCGUACAGAUCUUCUUCUUGCUUUAGAAAGCAUUUUGUUAUGUUAUUUUAUCAUUGUUAAAAUAUUGAGCAAAUUGUAACAAUUGUUCCAACCGUAUAAAACUACUGCAAUGUAUACAUUUGGUGUCCGGUAUUUGUGUUGAUAACGGAAUGGAAGGAACAAUUGUUUUUUCCGGUGCGUUUAGUCAGAAGUAUGAAAUUCGUUUGUCAAGCAAAUAUUUGCCAAAUAAAUGAGAACUGUCCGACGUAGUGAUAUGUGUUUGCUUUGUUUGACAAUAUUUCUGAUCAUUUCGAUGACGUAGAUGGUCUAUGUUAGGCAGGGUACAAAACUAUUUGAAUAUAUUAAAUUUCAC